AUGUCCAUCAAUUGGGUCAUGCUUGAUGGCCAACAAGGCUUUAUACGAUUGCCAUCAGAGAGAAUUAUUCACAAAUCAUCCCCGAGAAUAUCUCUUGCCAUUACCACUCCUUCGACUUAUCCCGGCAACAACCCUUUGGCUAUUCAUUGCAGUUCUGGCAUCGUCUAUUUGACCAAUCAAAGAAUAGUCUAUCUUCCAGAGAGAGCCACACCGGAAUUCAAAUCUUUCUCGGCUCCCCUUCUUAAUCUUCACGACACUCACCUGACGGUACCUUGGUUCGGACCCAAUGCAUGGCAAGCAAUCCUCCAACCCGUUCCCGGAGGCAAUAUCCCGGCCACCCAAGCCUCUAUUGAACUCAAGUUGACUUUCAAGGAAGGUGGAGCACCGGACUUUCACUCGAAUUUUGAGCAAAUCAAAGAGAGACUGCAACAAGUAGUGGCCACGGCAAGGGAAAACAACCAAACGGGUCGACGACAAGAUAGUUUCUUGGGAAAUGUCAACCUGGAUAACGUACACCUUGAUCAAUUGCCCUCGUAUCAAGAUUCAGGACGGGAUAGGAUGGCACCGGAUCAUUCUGCCGAUCCUAGCGAGGUGGUGGAUUCGCCAGGGGCAAUGAGUCCGAUUUCGACUCCUGGGCCGAGUAGAGCUGGAUCCCCGGCCGAAGAUCCUCGACCACCACGAGAUGCCCCUCCGGGGUAUGAGGAGACUCAGCAGCAGAGUAUCCAGGCGGAAUUGGAUCGAAGGUUGUCGCAGUCUCAACAGUAG